CGCGAUGAGUGGAGGGAUUGGGACACGUUGUAACGAAUAACUGGAGGUGAAGGCACAACGGGCAAGGAAAUAGUACGAACUAUCAUACAGAUCUGGUGGGAGGCCACUGUUGACACCGAUUAUUUACUACCUUUUGGGGGAGCGGCAGCGUAGACAUACACACACGCACACACAAAUAGCCACUUUUUCUUGCUGCUGCUGACCUGGCUGUCCGUUUGCUGCGUUUCCUUUCUGUUGUUUGAUGCACAGCGCAGAUGCUGUCGUGUUGUUGAUGUGAUGCGAGUCGCAUGAAGACAAAAUAAAAAUUUAAGGGAAAGGGAAGGACCCACUUUUUAGACGUUCUCCUCUGUUUGUUUUGAUUUUUCCUAUUAUGGCUGGCCAAGAGCGCCUCUUUCUAUUGGUCAGUUUUCAUUUAGAGUUGAUUAGUCACUAAAUCCGGAAAAGUGUUAUUCCCAUAGUCAGAUGACAGAGAUGAUUAGAUAAUCAUGUUGAAGCGGCCAAAUAGACAGAAACACGCAGAGAUACAAGGCAAAGACGACAUGGACAGCGGUUGGAGGAAACUCGUUAGCUUGUUCAGAAAGGGGACUAUCUGUCUGACAGGCCUCCUGGAGUCAUGCAGGUGUACUUCGUGACCUUCGCAGCCUCCAAAUCGAACUAUUUAUCCGCUAAAAAACGAACUCGUCGGCGGGCAAGAAUGGAUUACAUAAGCAUAAUUAAGCGGAACUAAGAUGAUCCUGCACCGAAACGCACUAUGAUUGGCCAGAUCUUGACCAUCUGAGCUUGCCCCGAGAUCAACUUUUGUACCUGAAGUUGCUGCAUGACGAUGAUGAAGCUGACACUGUCGACGUUGGGUAUGAGGAUGCAGGGCAUGAUGAGGCUGUAAACCGCUUUAGGUCUACAGAGAAUUGUCGGCUUCUCCUUAUAUAGCCGCUAUUGCCUGCGCCUCGUUGGAUGUCGAACUCCCUCCCGCCCGAAGCUAUCUCCUUGUCCCUCUUAUCUAUCACCGCUCAACAAGAACGAACGUCGAUCCCCUGAAGGAGCAACCUACACAAGAACACCAAAGAAAAGAAACCCCCUUUUAACUAUACAGGCAUAUACACCUCCCAAAGAACCUCUGUCGCCCUCUCUGGUCCUCUCUCUCAACAUACAGCAAUACGCAGUAACAACCUACAAUCCUAUCUUUGGGGCUUCACAUGAAUGCCAAUCCGAUGGCGGCCGCCCCUGUGCCGGCAGGCACCUUUAUGGCCGGCACCAAGGUGCAGGUUGGAAGCCAUCGAGUUGUGGUAGAAAAAUACCUUUCCGAAGGAGGAUUCGCCCAUGUCUACGUCGUUCGACUCCCAAAGCCCGUUGACGGCGUCGAGACUGCUGUCUUGAAGCGGGUCGCCGUCCCAGACAAGGCAUCCCUCGCCAACAUGAGAACAGAGGUGGAAACGAUGAAGAGGCUGAAGGGACACAAACAUAUUGUUACAUACAUUGAUUCUCAUGCAUCACAACUAAAAGGCGGCGGAUAUGAGGUCUUCCUGCUCAUGGAGCAUUGCGCUGGUGGCGGCCUGAUAGACUUCAUGAAUACCAGGCUACAGAAUCGAUUGACUGAACCAGAGAUUUUAAAGAUAUUUGGCGACGUCACCGAAGGUGUGGCCUGUAUGCAUUAUCUCAAGCCACCACUCUUGCAUAGGGACCUCAAGGUUGAAAACAUUCUAAUCUCCGGGAACGGCCCUUCACGCUGCUACAAGCUAUGUGAUUUUGGUUCUGCAGCUCCUCCUAGACCUGCAGCUACUUCCGCCGCCGAAGGUAGACUGAUCGAAGAUGAUGUCCAGAGGCACACAACCCUACAGUAUCGGAGUCCGGAGAUGAUAGAUGUCUAUAGAAAACAGCCGAUCGAUGAGAAAAGCGAUAUCUGGGCCCUUGGCGUUCUGUUGUACAAGCUAUGCUACUAUACCACCCCUUUUGACGAAGGCGGCCAGAUGGCUAUUUUGAACGCAAAGUUCAAGUAUCCCGCCUACCCACCCUUUUCAGAUAGACUGAAACUUUUGAUUGCCACCAUGCUUAAAGAACACCCCAAAGACAGGCCUAAUAUUUAUCAUGUUUUACGUGAAACAUGUCAUAUGCGAGGGAAAGAAGUACCAAUUCGAGACAUUUAUGCCGACCGUUCACAUUCCGAAUCUAGACGAAGCCAGCAGCUACCGACUUCCACUCCAGUGGAAGCACCAAAAGUUGGUGCCGCCUUCACACCGCCCAUUCAGGAAACAAAAAUUAUUCCAGACAUUGCGCCUAUGCGGAGAGGAAGGCCAAACAAGCCUACCGACCAAAAGGCUGCAUCUAAACCCAGUCCUUCUCCUCUUAGGGUUUCCGGUGACCCCUUUGCGGCACUUGAUGGAACUAAACGGAACGUCAGUACGGACGAACUCUCUUCACGAUUUCCAACUCUAGAUCAAUUCUCCCUCCUUCAUGAAAAGGGUGGCACUUUCAACUUUGAAUCAACCAAUACAGAAUCGAUUGCCAACCCUGAUGAUUUAUCUAAAAGAGUCACAAAUGCUCUUGCCGAUGAAGCAUUCUCGAAGCCUGCAGUGUCUCCACAGCCAAGUCCUACUCUUGGAACGCACCAUACUACUACCCGGAUAGACCCGUUAGUAUCAGAUAAAAAGUUAGUAUCGUCAUCAUAUCUAAGGGCGGAACCCUCUCGUCAACAAGUCCCUAUACAGCAGCCAACACCACAGAAACCAACUAUGGUAUCCACUGGCACGAUGACAUCCCCCUCACCAGUCAACCAGCGACCAGACAGUCCCUCUUUAUCCCAAAGACCAUUGCAUAGAUUUCCGAGCCAAUCACACAAGAAACAACCAUCCGGAAGUUCUCGUGAGAGUAGCGGUCAUGAUCAUCCCCGUCUGCACAGCGGCAGCUUAUCGACUCGGCCCAGUUUUGCUAGAUUUGACUCCAAACCUAGUCAAGCGGAGGACCUUCCUAGAUCGCCGGCAUCCUCACGGCCAUCUUUGGAAGGUACACGGCCAACAGCUUCUGAUAUUGCAGACCCGCUAACCCGUUCGAAAUCCGCAAACUCGAAAUCUAGGCCUACUGCUGCAUAUGUCGCAUCGAGAUUAGAGUAUCUUAGGGAUAGAGGUCGUGAACGCUCGUCAGACGAGGAUGAAACGUUGCUACGCCCAUCCGUUGGCGAACAUGACCUCGAAUACAGCCAGCCAUCCAACAUGUCGGACGUUGAUUUCCUUAAAGCUAAGGAAGAGGAAGAGUUGAGCCGGAAGCGCGAAAAGCGCUUAAGUGGUGGAUCCAAACAUGCCAAACGCGGGAGUUUGUCUUCACUUUCUUUAUCAGGUACCAAGACUCUCCUCGCAGGCCGCUUCGGAGACGCUUUCCGCCGCUUUGAAAACAACGCCCCCCAUGAUAGGAAUCAAACCCCAUCUCCUGAAAAUGACACCCAGCACCUUACUCCCAUCACAGGCUCCGAGGUAACGGAGCUGAGCGACGAUGGCCAUGGAUAUGACAACGUUGACGCUGACGACAUAUCACCUGAAAUGAAACGAGAAAUGGAAAGACGUCGAUUAUCCAUGGAGGAAAAAAGGGUUGCUGAGGCUGCUGCCCAGUAUCGCUCACAGUUGAACGAGCGAGAAGGAGGCCCCCCGCGCGCUGUGGGACUAGGUAUAGGAAGUGGCGGUAGAGCUGCUGCCAUUGAAAACAAGGUUCAGUCUUUGUUGAAGGAGACGGAUAAGGCACCACCUGUCAAGACAGCAUCAGGAUAUGGACGGUACACAGACGCAGUCCCUAAUCCACAGGCCAAAAGAUUCGAGCUCCCAUUACCAGAACGGCCAGCGUCAUCUAUGCAACCAUACCCAUCCGCUCCUGCCACUUCACAUACAUCUGAUUUCCGGUCCCAACCUUCAAAUGAUAAAGAUUCUCCCUCUAUCGGCCUCAAAUAUAACACCGGGCAGCACCAGACCCCAUCAACCACCUCCCGCGCGGCCCAACGCCCAGUAGCACCCCCGAAGCCCAAGAGUUUACGAACGGGAGUUCAAUCAGCUAACCAAACCGGCAAUAGCGAAUAUAACUCCCCACAACAUCCCCGCUCGACCAGACAAGUUUCCAACUCUUCGGAAGACUGGGAACUAAACUUUAGCCGCCGUUACCCCAGUCUCUCUGGGCUCGAACUUGUAGAGACAGAGAUAGACAUACCGAAGGCUUCGUUGGGCCGUACCACAGCCACCACGGCGAGUAAGGGACUCUGA